AUGUUGGUUUUUGGCGUCCUGUUCCUCGCUGCUUUUUACGGCUCGACUCCAAGCGAAGCUGGUGACCCGACGUUGCGCGUGAAUAUCCUGAGUGUAGAUGUGGUCCAAAAGAAAUCAGAAUUCGUCGACGAAUGGACGGCGACCAUAACCCAAGCGAAGCCAGCGAAUAAAGUUGGGAUAGUAGCUCCGAUUUCGAAAACCUUCCCUGAAGACAUGAUGUUAUCUACGAAUAUCACUUUGGAAGGUAGUCCUGUACUGUUUAUAGAUAUGAGUCUGUGUGAAGCAAUGGAGGAUGAAGUAAUUGCCAAGGGUUUCCUGGCUGCCGGAAAACCCUUUCCAUCCGAGUGUGCACUCACAGAGGGUAAUUACCGAAUCGUCGACUAUACCAUUGACACCAACAGCUUACCAACAAUUCCAGACGGAAAGCUGGAGGGUAAUAUUGCCUUACACAUGCCUGACGAGGAGUCUUUUUUAUUGUUGACAUUCACCGGGACAGUAUCUCACGAAGUACCUGGCAUAGGAUAAAGCCGGAAGAAUCUGCACCUUUUCUGAUGACGACGUGAUGAUCAUGAAUGACCUAAGAUUCGAACCAUGGACCAUGACUUUUAGUCUAAAUAAUUAUCGUAGCUUGUAGAAAUGUAAUAUAAAAAAAUGAAAUUGCACCAUAUACGGUAUACUGUUAAAUCGGUAAUUUCGCAUGUAUUAUGAAAAGACUCAGUAAAGUCUCGCGCUAAGUACAUUAAAAAA